AUGUCGACCGCUACCUCGUCGUCGCACAUGCUCCUCGUCCAUCGCGACUUCUCCCGCAACCUCGACAGCCUCUCUGCCUCCUUCUCCUGGCACCUUGACUCGCUCCAAGAAGCCCUCACUGACUUUCCUCGUUCCCGCAGCAGCAGCAGCAACCUCGACGAUCUCGACAAUCUCGCCCCCCCGCGCAACUACCGCAGCCACCGCGACGCCUCGGGCUACUGGCGCCCUGCUUCCUCCAUCUACUCGGACUGCAACGACAACUACACCUCCCCCGUCUCCCCCAAAUUCGCCAACGUGGCUGCCGCCGACGUCUACUCCUCCGCUGUUGCGGACAUCUCCCCCCCGAGCUCUCCUGACAUGGACGCUCACGGGGUUCGGACCCCGACGUCCCGCGACGGCAAUGUCUCACCCAUUGAUGACACCCCGGAUGUGUCGCAGAUCGACAUCAACGCCGGGCAGGGGCAGCAGCAGCAGCAACCAACCCCUUCGCCCCAGCAAAAGACAAAUAUCCCCAUGAUGCGUCGUGAACGUCGCAAGAACCAAGAGGCCGCUACCCACCCUCUCCGAGAGACCAAAUCCCAACAGCGUCUGCGCAUCCAGCGCGAGACCAAGUGGGACGACUUGACGGGCGAACCCACGUCCCACAACACGGGCCGUGCGGGUCAGGUCAGACCACAAGAGUACGCCCAGGAGUUCGGUGCGAACCAACCUUUCGGGAAGUCCCCGGCCGCCCUGAGAGCCAUGCAGAACGCACCACAGGCCCAGCAGACCUUUGGUGACCGACUGCGGAGGUUGAGGCCCAGCGCCGGAAAGCAGCAGCAGCAGCAGGAGAAGCAGCAACAUCAGGAGAAGCAACAACAGCAGCAGCAGCAACGACAACAUCAGCAGCAGCAGCAACAUCAAAAUCAAAAUCCUCCCGAGUCUGCCACCGCGGCUGUUGACGCCCUCGACGAACGCCCGCCCUGGCGCGGUGCAAGCGGGCGCACGCCCAUUGUCAACCCCGUCCGUGACACCAAGCCCGCGACGCCUCUCAACAUCCUCCCCAAGAGCACGAGACGCGCCGCCGUUGGCCCUCGGCUGCCCAUCGCCGGCGUCAACUCGCCGCUGUCCCCUGUCAGUCCCUCGAAUUCUGAAACGUCACCGCGCUCGAGGACGCCCACCAUCAGGACUGUCAUCAACGCUCCCCGCCAGCUGACUGCUUCGCCCUCCCCCUCGUCCGCGCCCGCUGUCACUCGAACCCCUCCGCCCGCACAGUCGGCCUAUCCCAGUCCCCCCAACUCGGGCGCUGGUGUCCAGUCGCCUCCCCUACAUGCGACGCCCGAGGCCACCGCCGCCGUUACCAAUGUCGCGACCCGACAGCGUCCACCCCUGCCGGGUCUGGGCCUGCCCGCUUCCCCUAAUGCGCAUCUCGGCCAGGACAGAACCAUCCGGAGAAAGCCUCCUCCUGCCAACAACGACACAACCAUCACCACCACCAACAAUAACAGCAGCAGCAGCAGCAGAAACGCACACGCCCUACACGCACCGAAACCGUCGUACUCGUCGAGCGUCUAUUCUGACCUGACGAUCCAAGCACCGAGCACUCGCGAGAAGUCGCCUGCAGCCGUCACUCAACCCGCAACCAGUCGUCCUGCAGCUACUCGACCUGCAGCCACUCAACCUGCAUCCACUCAACCUGCAGCCACUCAACCCAACGAGCCUUGGGCUCAGCCUCCCUCGAGAUUUAGCGACACGACCUACGCCGCCUCGUCCCCGGAUACGCCCCGCGCGUCCGCCGACACGAACCGGCCCCCCGUGCCGACUCUGCCGACGCCCCCCCACCAGGCAGACGGUGUCAUGAACCGCAAGCGCCCGCCUGUCCUCAAGUCCACGAGCCCAUCCAUCAACCCCGACGAGCCCUUUGUCAUCUCCAUGUCGUCCCCCUACAUGUCGGGCGCCUUCACCGAAGACACUUCGCCGCCCGCCGCUCGCACUCAGCUGCCCAGCCAGAAGCAGCCGCUGCUGCCGCGCACCAGUUCCGCCAGCCUCUUUAGCAACUCGAGCCGUCCCGACUCGCUCUGGUCCACUAGCAAAGCCCUGCCGCCGCCGCCGACCGAGCUGUCCAUGGUCAACGACCGCGUCGGGUACCUCAACGCCCGCCUCGAGUCGUUGGGCAACCGCCGCAUCAACAUCAACCAGGCCAUCAAGCAGAUGACGGAACUGAUGCCCACCGACAGCAUCCUCGCCAGCGAGGCCGUCCUCCGCAAGCGCGAGGCCGAGAAGCGCAAGGUCGAGGCCCUCAAGCUCGAGCUUUCCGAGGUCCAGCGCGAGGAGUACGAGAUCGGUCUCAAGCUGCACAGGGCCUACAAGAGGAUGGACCGCAACGCCGAGUACGAGCCAACGACGCUGUGGGUAAGGAGGGUUACUGGCUAA